CUUUAUUUGUCUUUUGAAAAAAAGAAAAGGCAAUUGCCAGUUGCCCAGUGUCAAGAAAUUGUUAAGGCCAAGAGAUAUCAAGGAAAGGAAGUGGAAUUUAAUAGUCCAAAAAAUUCGAAAUUUCGCAGAAAUUGAAGGCUCGCACUCUACAGACAGUACUCGAUCCAGCAACGGCCUAAAAACUAUCUGAGCUGACAUAGCCACUAAUACAUCAUUGUCUCUCAAAUUUCAUUCUUUGAAAGAUCCAAAUAGCAGGAUCGCGACAUGGCGAAUUCACCACAAAUUGCAAUUCUCGGAGCUGGAAUCUUCGUUAGAACGCAAUAUAUUCCAAGAUUAGCAGAGAUCUCUAAUCUGUUCGUUCUUAAGGCCGUUUGGAGUCGCAGUGAGGAAUCAGCGCAAGGAGCAGUGGAGAUAGCCCGUAAGCAUUUCCCAGGAGUUGAAUGUAAGUGGGGAGAUGAAGGACUUGAUGAGAUCAUCCACGAUCACUCCAUUCUUGCUGUUGCUGUUGUUCUUGCUGGCCAAACUCAGGUUGAUAUGUCAUUAAAGCUACUAAAGGCAGGGAAGCAUGUCCUUCAAGAGAAACCGGCAGCAGCUUCUAUAAGCGAACUAGAAAUUGCGCUGUCUAGCUACAAAUCUCUUUGUGCCAAUUCCCCCGGUCAACCAAUUUGGGCUGUGGCGGAGAAUUAUAGAUUUGAACCUGCUUUUGUAGAGUGCAGGAAACUAUUGGCUGAAAUUGGGGACAUGAUGACAGUUCAAGUUAUUGUUGAAGGAUCAAUGAAUAGUUCAAAUCCUUAUUUCUCUAGCUCAUGGCGGCGAAACUUUACUGGGGGUUUCAUUCUAGAUAUGGGAGUGCAUUUCAUUGCCGGAUUAAGAAUGCUUGUUGGAUGUGAAGUGAUUUCAGUAUCAGCUAUGACAUCUCAUAUGGACAAAACCUUACCUCCUCCUGAUAACAUAUCCUCAGUCUUUCAUCUGGAGAACGGAUGCUCUGGAGUUUUUGUAAUGGUUGUAUCCUCAAGAUCACCGAAGAUAUUUUGGCGAGUUGUUGGCUUAAAGGGAACACUGCAAAUUGAGCGGGGAAGCCAUGAUGGAAAACAUGGUUACCUGGUUUCAGUUUGCGGUACUGAUGGACAAAGCAGAAGUUCUUUCUAUCCAUUCAGUGGAGUGACUGAAGAAUUAAAAACUUUCAUACAUGACAUUUCACAGGCAAACCUUAAGAAGGGAAGUAGCUAUGAAGUGGAGCCCCGCAUUUCUUUUAUGGAAGGUGCUAGAGAUGUUGCUAUUCUAGAUGCAAUGCUUGAAUCCGGAACGAAAGCCGGAGCCCUAGUUCAGGUGAAAAAGUUCUAGUCCGAGAACCAUCCCAAAAUUAUUUGAGUCAGCUAGUCGAGGUCCAUUCAAGGGGAGGGAGAGAGUGAAGGAAAGAAUAGGUUUUGCGUGGAACUAUUAGAUCCCAAUUCUUUAGUAAAAUUAAUCAUGCAACAGUUUAAGGAAGUCUACACUUGGUUCUUGGUUUUGGGGGCUGGGCGUGGCGAUUGUUUCUUUAACAUAAUGUAAUUGAAUUUUCUAAUAAAUUCUGGAGCUUGAUCUUAUGAUGUCGGGCCGGGCCGGGCCUGCGGGACCUUUUCUUGUUGUAACUUGUUAACCCUCCAAUAUUUUCAGAUACUAAGAUAUGCUUGAUGCUUGAAUUGAUUGUACAGUAGUUGACGUUAGGGUUAAUUACUAAAACACCUCUUAAGAUUUGUUGUAAGAUACACUUUAGUCCCUGCUGUUUAAGAUUA